AUGAGCACGGACUGGGGAACGGUGAUUGUAGCGGUGUCUCUGUUCAUCCUACUAUCACCAGGACUACUGUUUCAGAUUCCAGCGAGAACGAGAGUGAUGGAGUUCGGGAACAUGAGCACGAGCGGUAUAGCCAUUUUGGUUCACGCAGUUAUAUACUUCUGUAUUUUCACGAUCUUGGUGGUAGCUAUACAAGUUCACAUCCAUUUCUGAUCUCUACUCUUCUUAUAUCAUGUAUAAAUGUAACAAAAUGAAGGGAGGUUUAUUGCAAACUCUAAUGUAAUGUACAAAUUUCUCUGAUAUUCCUCCUUUCCGACAAA